GAGCAACCUCGGAGAGCCACCUGCAAUCUGUAGUCUUUUUUCAGUAUAAGCAGAUGAUCCACAGUGAUUACACUCAUCAGUGAAUCUAGCUGCAUAAAACAACAGAUGACUGCGCUGUUUUUUUUAAAGUUGGAGAUCAGUGCUGUGCACUUUGGCACGCUGGAUUGCGUGACCUCGGAAGGCAUUUCGACACCAUAAAAAGUACAGGAACUGACAUGUGACACUGCCUGCCAUCAGAGUCAUAGAAACAGACACGUCGGUCUUUCGUACAAGCGAGCAUGCAGAUGGCAGCCAUGGAGGGCUCAGGCCAAACAACGUUCACAGAGGGAGAAUCCUACCAGGACCACUUUGACCCCAGGGCAUACUUAAACAGCUUUUACUCUUGCCCCCACGGCAAUUCUGAUGAAAACUGCCUGAAGUAUGAGCUGCGACAAUUGAGCAAGUCGUUUGGAGCAGGGAAAUACAAGGGCCGAAGACUAAUUGAGAUAGGAAGUGGUCCAUCAAUACAUGGUCUGAUAAGUGCUUGCGAGCACUUUGAAGAGAUCAUUAUGUCCGACUUUGCUGAUUGCAACCGCCAGGAGAUUGAGAGAUGGCUGAGAGCAGAUGCGGAUUGUUUUGACUGGGAUCCUGUCAUCCAGUUUGUCUGUGAGGUGGAGGGAAAUAGGAGGACACCUGGGGAGAAGAAAGUGAGGCUCCAGCAGACUGUGAAGCAGGUGCUGAAAUGUGAUGUCCGCUUGGAGAACCCUUUCGGGCCCCUCGUUGUGGGGCCCGCUGACUGUUUGCUGAGCUGCCUCUGCCUGGAAGCUGCCUGCCGGGAUCUGGAGACCUAUCAGCGUGUGUUGGGGAACCUGAAGAUGCUGCUGAAGCCUGGGGCAGUUCUGGUGAUGGUGGGCGUCCUCAAUGAAACCUUCUACAUGGUGGGGGGUAAGAGGUUCUCCUGCCUCCCCCUCAGAGAGAGUUUCAUCCAGGAAACACUUAAGAAUCUGGGCUUUUCCAUUGAGGAGUUCAAUGUCAUGCCCGUGAGGAGCAACAACAUAGUGUCCGAUUUCACUGGGAUUUUUCAUGUCGUUGCUCAUAAUUGUUUUUAAAUGUAAUGCAAGCCAAAUUCUCCCAUCUGCAUAUCUAUCCAUUUUCCAUAAGCACUGAUCCAGUGCAGGGCCAGAUUAAUUUCAGAAAGCACAAGUCAAGAAGCUGGAAAAGCUCUGGAUUGGAUGCUAGUGUGGUUUAUUUAUGUAAACGAACUAGUUCGUGUAAUUCGUAUUGUGAUCGCUAACAACUUCCUUGUUAUUAUUUCCUCAUAAUAAUAAUAAUAAAAUAAGUAAAGAUGCUGAAAUUGAAA